GUGCGGGCCUGUGCGUACUAGUCCUGCUCUCGUCGUUUCGCCUGAGUCCUUCUUUUCUGCUUGCCUUUUUUCUUUUCCUUCCUUUACCGACUCUUCUUUUUUGCAAUAGAAGAACAUGUUGAGAAGAUGUCAGCUCAGUACGUCACGACGACGCACGCUUGUAGGUGUGCGCUGCAUCGGGGAGUAGCUUGCGGCUCUCGAAGAUGAAAUGAUGGCCGACCAAGCGGCUACGCGUCUCCUGUGGGUGGCGGAGAUCGACAAGUCUAGUCGCCGCAAUAGUGUUGACGUUUCGCGUCGUCUCUCGUACGCUGGAGCAGAGGCGACUGAUUUCCGUGGCGAGUUACAGGAGGUAUUCAUCCAAAGUACAAGAUGAAAUUGAAGACUUUUUUAGCCUUUAUUAACGGUGGAUCGGUCUUUGUUGCGUAGAAGACAACUUUCUUACGAUGAUAUUUCACAUUUUUUUCCUAGGCCUUAGUCCGGCAUGUCCGAACAGCAGAGCCAACUGACCAAGUGAUUGGGCGACGGGGUAGUGUUAAGAUUCAAACAAGGCAUUCGCAGCAUCAUUCUUCUUCUUGGCUAUAUUUUCUUAAGGAGAAAUUUAUGUAGACGCACGAAAAGGAAUGUUGCUAAAAAGGAUGUUGUGAGGGUGUUAGUUCCAAUGUCGCUGUCUCUUUCGUUACGAUUGUGAAGACCCUGAGCGACGUGACUGGCACGUUCACUGCUCAAAACGAGAAAUUGCUGAUCGAAUCCGACGAUGAGCUGGACGAUGCCACUUAUUCGUAUCACCAACCGGUCGACUCCGCGCCAUACCACUACCUACCAGCCGAGAAUCCAGCACAGCAGAAGCGCAAGCCUUCGAUAUUAGUGAACGGUAAGCUAAAUCGCGGGACUGCAGGAGAUGCCGUCCGAGUCGCGGAGGUGCAAGACGGUGAAGGUGAUGAAGCGCAGUCGGGUCCCCCUAAAAAAGGCCUUUUGCUGCGGAAGGGAACGCAGCCUGUGUUAGGUCGCGGCGCUGAUGCCAU